AUGAGCUCCUUUCCACCUUCCGAUGCUGUGACUGAACACUCCAAGCAUCCUAACGAAAAGCAUCGUCCUGAAUCACCUAGUACUCCACCUUCUGACCUUUCGUCGGAUGAGAGCAAUGAACCGAUAUACGAAGCUAUUAGAACCCUUUCUGAGCAUAAUUAUGGCGCCGACAAUGCUCAGGUUGCUUCCAUCCUGUCACGGUCACCCAGUCGACAGAGGGCCGAUAGCACUCAGCUAGAAAGGCGUGAUACAUUGGCGGGCGUCGAGAUUGGAGAUCCAGUUUUGAACCCAACAAUGCCGGAGUUUGAUUUCUACAAGUGGGCUCGGAUGUUUAUGAAGUUAAUGGAAGAUGACGGCAUCAAAAAACCCCGGACAGGCGUUACAUUCAAGAAUCUCCGCGUUUCAGGAUCCGGAAGUGCUGUUCACUACCAGAGUACUGUACUCUCACCCUUGAUGGCUCCGCUCCGGCUGCGUGAAUAUCUUGGUAAAAAGUCAGAGAGAGUGAUACUUAAUGAUUUCAAUGGCAUGUUGAGCGCCGGAGAAAUGUUGAUCGUGCUUGGUCGACCUGGAAGUGGAUGCUCUACGCUCCUGAAAACGCUUAGCGGUGAACUAGCUGGUCUCAAGAAAGGGAAGGAUUCUGUCAUUCACUAUAACGGCGUGCCCCAACGUAUUUUCAGCAAAGAGUUUCGUGGAGAGGCAACGUAUAGCGCGGAGGAUGAAAAGCAUUUUCCUCACUUAACAGUAGGUCAAACCCUGGAAUUUGCUGCUGCCGCUCGAACUCCGUCAGUUAGAGUUAUGGGUGUCCCAAGGAAGACUUUCGUGAAGCACAUCACGAAGGUGGUGAUGAGUAUCUAUGGAUUGAGCCAUACACGAAACACGAAAGUCGGCGAUGAUUAUGUUCGUGGGGUGAGUGGAGGGGAAAGAAAACGAGUCAGCAUUGCUGAAUUGUCGCUCUCUGGAUCACAACUGGUGUGCUGGGACAAUUCAACCAGGGGUCUUGAUGCAGCAACAGCUCUUGAAUUCACCCGUGCCCUGAAGAUAAGUUCCCAUGUCGGCGGAAUGACGCAGGUUCUUGCUAUUUACCAAGCCAGCCAAGCGAUAUAUGAUAUGUUCGACAAGGUGAUUGUAUUGUACGAAGGGAGGCAAAUAUACUUUGGGCCUGCAAAGUUAGCGAGGCAGUAUUUUGAAGAUAUGGGAUGGCUCUGUCCUCCACGACAGACCACGGGUGAUUUCCUCACUUCCGUCACUAACCCACAAGAACGAAGAGCCCGACAAGGGUUCGAAGGAAAAGUCCCCCGGACUGCAUUGGAAUUUGAGCAGCAUUGGCAUAAGUCUCGGGCUUUUAUAGACUUGCAAGAUGCCAUCCAACGAAACGAAGGAGAAUAUCCUAUUGUCAGCGAAGCCCUAGCUGAGCAACGUCAAGCUCAUCAGCAAGCUCAGGCGAAACAUGUUCCAAAGAAGUCGCCAUACACUGUCAAUAUUUUUAUGCAACUCAAACUAUGCAUGGUACGCGCGUAUCAACGAAUGUGGGGUGAAAAGGCGUCCACAGUUGCGGCUAUUAUCAGUCAUGUUGUAAUGUCACUGAUCAUUGGAUCGAUCUUUUUCGGGACUCCGGACACCACGAGUAGCUUCUUUGCAAAGGGUUCAAUUUUGUUCUUUGCUAUUCUCUUAAAUGGCUUAAUGUCCAUCACAGAAAUCAACGGAAUUAUAUACACUCGCGCAGAUACUGACUUGGACAUAGACGUUCAGCGCCCAAUUGUUGCCAAGCACGUCAGCUUUGCCUUCUAUCAUGCAUAUGCAGAGGCCAUGGCUGGUGUUGUGGCCGACAUUCCCAUUAAAUUUGUAAUGGCUACAGUAUUCAAUGUCAUUCUUUACUUUUUAGGAGGGCUCAUAAGAGAGCCGGCUCAGUUUUUUAUUUUCUUUCUAUUCACGUUCAUAACGAUGUUGGUUAUGUCUGCUAUUUUCCGUACGCUUGCUGCUGCCACAAAAACAGUAUCACAGGCUCUAGCUUAUGCAGGUGUUAUGAUCCUUGCCAUUGUUAUUUAUACGGGGUUUACGAUUCAAAGAUCCUAUAUGCAUCCUUGGUUCAAAUGGAUCAGCUGGAUUAACCCGGUUGCCUACGCAUUUGAAGCCAUUCUUGUGAACGAGAUACAUAAUCAGCGGUACGGUUGUUCUGUGCUUGUUCCUCCGUAUGGAACUGGAACCAAUUUUGACUGUGCCGUGGCUGGUGCUGUUCCUGGUGAAAGAACCGUUUCAGGAGACAGCUGGGUUAAGUCGAGCUAUGGUUACAGCUAUACUCACCUGUGGAGAAACUUGGGAAUCCUUUUUGGCUUCAUGUUCUUUUUUUAUGGCCUAUACUUUCUUGCCACUGAAUUCAAUCUUUCGAAUCAGUCAACUGCAGAAUAUCUGAUCUUUCGACGAGGUUAUGCACCUAAACAGACAGUACACCAAGAUGAAGAAAACGACACUAGUGUACUGCAACGUGAUCAUGAAGACCCGGUUAAUUUCAAUACAAACGAGAAUAAUCCGGGAGAAAAAGUCGCUAAUGUCAUUCCUCCUCAAAAAGACAUAUUUACCUGGAGAAAUGUGGUCUAUGAUAUAAGCAUCAAAGGAGAGCCUAGACGGCUCCUGGAUAAUAUUUCCGGAUGGGUACAACCUGGCACUCUCACCGCACUGAUGGGUGUUUCUGGUGCUGGGAAAACUACAUUGCUGGAUGCGCUGGCGCAACGUACAACAACUGGCGUCAUCACUGGGGACAUGUUUGUGAAUGGUAAACCCCUGGAUGCAUCCUUCCAGCGGAAAACUGGUUAUGUUCAGCAACAGGAUUUACAUCUAGAAACAACUACCGUCCGUGAAGCACUUCGCUUUUCUGCUAUGUUGCGUCAACCAAGAUCCGUUUCGAAAGCCGAGAAAUAUGCGUAUGUUGAAAAGGUGAUCGAAAUGUUGAGCAUGGAAGAGUUCAGUGAAGCCGUUGUGGGCAAUCCUGGAGAAGGCCUGAAUGUUGAACAACGAAAACUCCUGACGAUUGGUGUUGAACUUGCCGCUAAACCAGCUCUUCUCCUAUUCCUAGAUGAGCCAACUUCGGGUUUAGAUUCGCAGAGUUCGUGGUCUAUAGUUACAUUUCUACGAAAAUUGGCCGACAAUGGGCAAGCCGUCCUUUCAACAAUACACCAACCCUCGGCGAUACUUUUUCAACAGUUUGAUAGACUUUUGUUUUUGGCUAAAGGUGGCCAAACGGUAUAUUUUGGAGACAUCGGGGAUAAUUCUCGGACUCUCCUUGACUAUUUUGAGGCCCACGGUGCGGUGCCAUGUGGGCCUAAUGAUAAUCCUGCUGAGUACAUGCUCGACAUAGUUGGGGCAGGUCCAAGCGGCACAUCCAAGCAGGACUGGCCAGCUGUGUGGAAUGCAAGCGAAGAAUCUAAAAGGAUUCAAGAGAAAAUCGAUCAAAUUCAUGCAGAGAUGAAAACUAAGGGGUCGUCUGGAGAGCUAACUGAUGCAUCUGGAAAAUUCGCUAUGCCUUUCAAAGAUCAGGUAUACUAUGUUACCGUUCGUGUUUUUCAGCAAUAUUGGAGAACGCCGUCAUAUAUCUGGGGGAAGAUGAUUUUAGGAGCAAUGGCGGCGGUAUUUAUUGGAUUUUCCUUUUACAUGCAAAACUCAUCUAUAGCAGGCCUCCAAAAUUCUUUAUUCUCCAUUUUUAUGCUUAUGACAAUUUUUAGCACCCUGGUGCAGCAGAUUAUGCCUCGAUUUGUUACCCAGCGGAGCCUUUUCGAAGUUCGUGAGCGCCCCUCUCGGGUAUACAGCUGGCAAGCGUUUAUUAUAGCCAAUAUGAUUGUUGAAAUACCGUAUCAAAUAUUCCUCGGUGUCAUUGUGUGGGCUGCGCUUUAUUAUCCAGUCUUUGGUAUCCAUCAAUCCUCCGAGCGGCAAGGCUUAUUCGUUAUAUAUUCCGUUCAGUUUUUCAUUUUUGCCUCCACCUUUGCGCAAAUGGUGAUUGCCGGGUUACCUGAUGCCCAGACGGCUGGAAGCAUUGCCACGACCCUGUUUAGUUUAAUGCUCACGUUCAAUGGCGUCCUUCAGACCCCAAAGGCGCUCCCGGGAUUUUGGAUUUUCAUGUGGCGAGUUUCUCCGCUCACAUAUAUCGUUGGUGGACUAGCUGCGACUGUUCUCCAUGGCCGUGUUGUCCAUUGCGCCCGCAAUGAACUUGCCAUAUUCGAUCCCCCGCCAGGGAUCACAUGUGGUCAAUAUCUGGAGCGAUAUUUUUCGCUUGGAGCUCCGGGUCAGCUUUAUAACCCGUCUGCCAUUAAGUCUUGUGAAUACUGCUCCUUAUCAUCAGGCGACCAGUUUCUCGCUGGCUCCGAGAUAUCGUGGAACCAACGAUGGCGAAACUUUUGCCUUGGAUGGGCAUAUAUUGGAUUCAAUGUGUUAGCGACAGUGGUACUAUACUACGUCUUUCGAGUCAGUAGACCAGCGGGGAAGACCAGUCCGAAAAGAUGGUUGCGCUUGGCGAAAUACUAUGUUCAAGUGAUGGGAAAUUGGGUACGAAGUAUUUUUGCCAGGAGAAUGGAGAAGACGCCAAGGGGAAAGGAGCAUAUAUGUGAUCGCAUUUACUGA